AGCACACCACAGACAUUCUUUCAAAAAGAAGACAGACUGCUAGUCAAAAAGUUUUAAACAACCAAAAAAUUACCAGUUCAUAAAUAUGGAAAGUUUUAAAAUAAACUUAGCGUUGAUAUUCUUCUUUAUUGCAUUUGCCAGCGCAAUAAACAAACCAGAUCCUGAAGAAUACAGAUUUUCCUACAUAUGUUACGAAAACUCAGUGGUAGUUUCUUUUGAACAGCAAUUACCCUACGAAGUUCAUCUGUACACAGUAUCUUCAGACAAAAACGAGUCUGAAUGCUCGAGAAUUUUCACUCCAAAUGAACCAGCGGUAAAGGAAUUAAACUUCAAAUCCUGUUCAUACGCUGCCCGAAAAUUCCAAGUAUAUGUUGACGAACAAUACGGCAGAUCUUUAAAGCAACAUUUCUUCUUAGUUAAUUGUCAAGUUCCAGAAUUUCAAAGAGAAAUUUCUAUUUGGAAGAAAUUGUUGCAAAUGUUUAAAUUAUAUAAAAAAUAAUAAGUAAAACCCUUCAAUUGUUUGUUAU